UAUGGGAAGUUUAAUAGGACGGAUCCUGAGAAGGCUGGGAAGGUUUUGGUUAGUGAUGCUAUAUCUAAUGGUGGUGGUAGUGGUGGAUAUGCUAAUGGACAUGGAGCUAAUAAUUUCAAUGCGUUGAACAGUCCUAGUAGUGGUGACAAUAGUGAUCGUUUCCUUCUUGAAAGUGGAAGUGUUACCAUUCCAAUGGAGGUUCUUCGUCAGGUGACAAAUAAUUUCAGUGAGGAUAACAUAUUGGGUAGAGGUGGUUUUGGUGUUGUAUACGCUGGGGAAUUACACGACGGAACAAAGACUGCGGUCAAGAGGAUGGAAUGUUCAGCAAUGGGUAAUAAAGGAAUGAGCGAGUUUCAGGCUGAGAUAGCGGUACUCACUAAGGUCAGGCAUAGACACCUGGUCGCUUUAUUAGGUUACUGUGUGAACGGGAACGAGAGGUUGCUUGUCUACGAGUACAUGCCACAGGGAAAUCUUGGACAACACUUGUUUGAGUGGCGUGAACUCGGAUACUCUCCUCUGACAUGGAAACAGAGGGUGAGUAUUGCUCUAGAUGUGGCAAGAGGUGUGGAAUAUCUCCAUAGUUUGGCGCAGCAA